GUGAUUGUACUGAUAUAGGCGGAACCUGUGCAAUUGGGCAUCAAUGGAUGAUAUCGCAGUCAGCCGAAUAUGGGAAAUGACGUGCCUCAGCACUCACUUUCUAGAAAGAACCUCUAGAUUCCAACGAGCAAUAGGCUACAUGUACAGGGGAGGGAGCGAUGGCUAUUUAAAGAGAGUCAUCGGAAGGGAAAUAACACAAGGUCCAGAGCGUUGAGUAACCGCUUCUAAACAUAUCAGAGGAACCGGCUGCUCAACGGACGCUAUUAUUGUUUAUAAAAGCAGCAUUCGCCUCCUGACGCCCCGGGCUGCUUCUGGACACUGAUUUUUCCAGGACAAGGACAGCAGAAUCUACUGCCCGCAGUGCCGAAACAUCUGCUUCCAUCCGGCUUGGGGCCACGGCAGGGAAAAUGGGGAAAGAUUACUACAAAAUCCUGGGCAUAGCCAAAGGAGCUGGAGACGAGGACAUCAAAAAGGCAUACAGAAAACAAGCUCUGAAAUGGCACCCCGAUAAGAACAAGGCUGCCAAUGCUGAGGAAAAAUUUAAGGAGAUUGCCGAAGCAUAUGAGGUCAUCAGCGAUCCAAAAAAGCGAGAAGUAUAUGACCAAUAUGGAGAGGAAGGUCUCAAAGGUGGAGGAGGACCCACAGAUGGGCAGGGCACCAACUUCACUUACACCUUCCAUGGGGAUCCACAUGCAACCUUUGCAACAUUUUUUGGGGGUGCCAACCCAUUUGAGAUGUUCUUUGGCAGGAAAGUUAAUGGGCGAGAUGAUGAUGAGAUGGAGGUGGAUGGUGGAGACCCUUUCAGCUCCUUCCCAGGCUUCAACAUGAACGGUUUUCCACGUGAUCGGCAUGUGGGCCUGGGUGGGCAGACCAGACGCAAGCAGGACCCAGCAAUCCAUCAUGAGUUGCGGGUGACCCUAGAGGAGGUGUUUCACGGGUGCACCAAACGUAUGAAAAUCUCACGGAAGCGGCUCAAUCCAGAUGGGCGCACCUUAAGGACUGAGGACAAGAUACUCACCAUAGAUAUAAAACGUGGAUGGAAAGAGGGCACCAAAAUCACAUUUCCUAGAGAGGGUGACGAGUCACCCAGCACCAUACCCGCUGACAUUGUUUUUGUCAUCAAGGAUAAGCCACAUCCACACUUUAGGCGGGAUGGAUCUAAUAUAAUUUACCCAGUGCGGGUCAGUCUACGACAGUCAUUGUGCGGGUGCUCAGUCACAGUGUCAACGAUAGAUGGGAAAACUUGCAACAUGAAGAUCACUGACGUUAUCAAACCUGGCAUGAGAAAGACAAUUGCAGGCCAAGGACUUCCAUUGCCAAAGAACCCAGACCAAAGAGGGGAUCUGGUGGUGGAAUUUGACGUGAACUUUCCAGAGAGUCUCCCCACCACUGCCAAGGAUGUCCUAAAACGGCACUUGCCAACUUCAUAAGGCAGAUGGAGGAGUUUGAGUGAUGCCUGUUGGCUGCAGUGCACGCAGCCUCAUACAUGGACAAAGUUCCUAAAUCACAGUUUCCCUGAUCAAACAAGAAUGUGCAAUCUCUAUUUUGUAUUUACUCUAAUGUUUGUUUGUUUUCUAAUACUGCAUGUUGCAAUUGUGAUGAAUUGUUGAACAUAAAGUCUUCAUGUCAUGCUGGUCAUUUAUUGGUCAUUCCAUGUUAAGUCAGAUAACAUUUGAGUUUCAUGGCUUUCAUCUAGUUUUUUAUGUCAUAUUUACAGGUGAACAAAACCUAAACCUUUGGGUGGUUAUGACCUCCUGUUUUACAAAACAUUGUUCAGCUUCCAUCCUAAAUCACUUUAAAAAAAAGGAAAGUUUUACUAUGGGAGAAAAUAUUAAUAUAGUUUCCAUAGGUUAUCUGUACUUUCCUGCAUUUAAGUCGACUUGUGAUAGCACUAAGCUAAAUCAUUGUUCAAAUAAUAUUACAUUCUUGAUGUUUAAAUCAUGGUUAUUAUUUAUUGUGACAAAGAUCCGUUGCCUUUUAACUCUUCCUCUGGUCAUAUUUGUUUUUUUGUUGUUCUGAACUGGAUAAUAGUUCAGUUAUAGAUGUAGAUCCAGUUCUUCCAUCUCUGGCUUGCCAGUCAUGGUAAUAAUUUUAAGCACCAAGAAGAUGACCUUUCUGUGUAUAUAAAAUAUGCCUAUAUGCCUUUGACUAUUUUAUUAUCAUUCUCUUACAUAUUCUAUUCUUUAAAUAAAAACAUGGUCUCUGAACAUCAGAUAACUGGACACAUUUCGAUUUUUCAGUCUUCCUUGGUUUCCGACAUGUCUCAUGUUUUUCAAGUACAUGUUGUAUUUGUGAUCUCUGAAUUUGUUCCCGAUUGGCCAUUUGGCCUGGAAAAAUGUCUUUUGAAUUCCAUACUAUGUUUUUGUCAGAUACAUGUAGAUAGACAGGGAGCAUGUGUAGAAGAGAUAAUCUUAAAAGGCAUAACCCUGUAAGCAUUUUUUGACUUGACAUGGAAUUAUCCUUGUAGAAAUGCUUCAUUGUGUCUUUCACACAAUUUUUAAUUGUGAUACUGUGGAUACUGUGUGUCUCACACAUUAAACAGACCAUUUUGACUUAAAUGAUGCAAAA